ACGCCAGAGUGGAAACACAGAGAGUGAAGCUGGUAAAAGGAGCCUCCUGAACACAUUGCACUACCUGUUUGAGUCUCAGAAUGGUGAACUGGCUCAGGCCACCCUGGGAUCUGUGGAAACACUUUCAUUCAGUGGAAUGACACUGACCCCGAUUGACUGCUCUGUCCUGUCUCAUGUCAUUGGACUCUGUGAUACAAUAAAACACCUAGACCUGGAGAAAUGCAACAUUCAGUGUGAAGAAAUCCAGCGGCUGGGACCCGAGCUGCACAAGUGCCAGGAGUUGAGAGUUGGGCGCAAUGAACUGGGAGAUUCAGGAGUGAAACUGGUGUCUGCGGCUCUGAGGAACCCAGAGUGUAAAAUACAGAAACUGUGGCUGAACAAUGUCGGUCUCACAGAUUCUGGUGCCGAGGAUCUCGUCUCUGCUCUCAGUACAAUCCCAUCACUGACGGAGCUAAACCUGAGUGAAAAUGAACUGGGAAAUACAGGCGUGAAACUGGUGUCUGCGUCACUGUGUGUCUGA